GAUUCCUCGGAAACAUGUCAGGGCGGGACAAUGCGCCAAGCGAACGGCGGGGAAGAGGAGCCUCGUCUCCAAGAGCUGUUUCGGAACUGGAGCCAAAAGCUCGAAAAGCAUGCGUCAACUGCCGCAAGCAAAAGAUGAGAUGCAUAGUCGGAAACGGGCAAGCGUGUCGAAGAUGCCAUCGUGCUGGCUUACCGUGCAUAUUCGUACCAAGAGCCAAUGCAGCUAGCAUUGCAGGCCUAUUGCCGAGCGACAAGACAGACGCAAACUUCAAGAACGAUGUCCUCCAACGACUACAGGUCAUUGAAGGGUUACUCGGGAUCAAUACCCAAGAUUUGGCCCCAGAAGAGGCCCCGCGCACCAGUGAGGGUCUUUCGGAUGCGGAGUUUAAUGGCUUUGAUGCGCUGUGGGACGCGCUCAACACUCUGCAAGAGAGUUGCGUCACCAUGUCAGUUCCAUCCACAGUGUGGCACCGGAACACAGUGAGCAACUUAUGGGCGUCUUUCCACGACCGAAUGCCCGGGCUGCAUUUCAUGCCGAGGAAGCAAACAUUUUCUUCUCCUCAGCCCUUGUUACUGGCCGCUAUUCUGUACUGUUCGAGCACGCGUGGCCCCCCCGAGACCGCGGAGCUUUCUCCAUAUUAUUUCCAAGUGCUCACUAACGCUAUUGCCCGACUCCUGCUCCCCGAAAAUGCUUUCGGAAGGCCCCCGAAUAGCGAAUGCGCAGUUGAAGAAUGGGCCUUCCAGACUGUGCUCGGCAUAGUUCUGGCGGGGCUUCUCAAUGAAGCCAGCAUUCGUGAAACUGGUCUCUGGAUUUCCGUCGCUUAUCGUUUGAUACUGGAACAUUGUCCACCUCAUGUCGAUGAAACUUCGAGAGAAUGGCGAAAGUUGUUCAGCGGCGUCCAAAUUGUGGAUCUCGAACACGCUUCCUUACAUCUGUCCUGUCCAGUCAUUCCCAUCGAGUCACCUUUGCCAGGCCUGCAGAUUUCACAUCGCGACCAACUGUACAGAUUGUCUCGCAUGAUGCACACGGGUCUCACUCACUUCACAGGACGAGGGUUACCUACAAUUUGGUCUUGUUUCCAGCACGAACAACCUUUAGUGUCGAGUCCAGCAUCUUCAUUCACAUCUGUCGAUGCGGCUGUGAUCAGAGACUGGGCGAGACAGCUAGAUGAGUGGCUCGAGGAGUUUAGCCGUGCAGUCGAGGGCUCACAACGCAACCGCGAUCUUGUCUUUCGUCAGUACGUGUUGCAUCGCAUGGUCGUCUUGUCGAUAUAUCACACUGCCAGGGGCUGCGACCUUUGGUCGAAUAAUAUCACGCCCAAAGAACAGCACGAAUUACUACUGUCGGCGCGUGCAACCAUACGACUUCAUCUGCAUGAUGAAACAAUAUGGUCUAAUUGGGAUUUGGUCAUGAUUACGUGGGCUGCUCUCAUUCUUCUUCAGGGCAUCGAGGGCAAUGCAGGCGAAGCGGAUGAUCUUGACACCAUCAAAGUGCAUUUAGGAAAGCUGCAACAGAUGAACGAUCCAAAGCCAUUGCUCCACGCUAAACUUAUUGCCCGUCUCCAUGGUAACCUCCAAAGAGUCAACACCCCGAACCCAAACACCAUACACGAACCAGAUCUAACUACUCUGGAUGGCGAUAGCUCCUGGAACAUAUUCGACCAGGCGAGUCUUGAACAGAUAAACUUCGCGUCGUGGCCAUAUACAGAGCAGCCCCAGACGAUGCAUUGGAACGAAACUCAGGCUUAAAAUAUACUAGAUUCAUGCGGACAACCUUCUCCCAGCUACGCAAUCAUCGC